AUGUCCACAUUGGAGUCUAUUUCUCAACAGAGGAAGGAGUGCCGAAAGGAGUGCCGAAAGGAGUGCCAAAAGGAGUGCCGAAAGGAGUGCCGAAAGGAGUGCCGAAAGGAGUGCCGAAAGGAGUGCCGAAAGGAGUGCCGAAAGGAGUGCCGAAAGGAGUGCCGAAAGGAGUGCCGAAAGGAGUGCCGAAAGGAGUGCCGAAAGGAGUGCCGAAAGGAGUGCCGAAAGGAGUGCCGAAAGGAGUGCCGAAAGGAGUGCCGAAAGGAGUGCCGAAAGGAGUGCCGAAAGGAGUGCCGAAAGGAGUGCCGAAAGGAGUGCCGAAAGGAGUGCCGAAAGGAGUGCCGAAAGGAGUGCCGAAAGGAGUGCCGAAAGGAGUGCCGAAAGGAGUGCCGAAAGGAGUGCCGAAAGGAGUGCCGAAAGGAGUGCCGAAAGGAGUGCCGAAAGGAGUGCCGAAAGGAGUGCCGAAAGGAGUGCCGAAAGGAGUGCCGAAAGGAGUGCCGAAAGGAGUGCCGAAAGGAGUGCCGAAAGGAGUGCCGAAAGGAGUGCCGAAAGGAGUGCCGAAAGGAGUGCCGAAAGGAGUGCCGAAAGGAGUGCCGAAAGGAGUGCCGAAAGGAGUGCCGAAAGGAGUGCCGAAAGGAGUGCCGAAAGGAGUGCCGAAAGGAGUGCCGAAAGGAGUGCCGAAAGGAGUGCCGAAAGGAGUGCCGAAAGGAGUGCCGAAAGGAGUGCCGAAAGGAGUGCCGAAAGGAGUGCCGAAAGGAGUGCCGAAAGGAGUGCCGAAAGGAGUGCCGAAAGGAGUGCCGAAAGGAGUGCCGAAAGGAGUGCCGAAAGGAGUGCCGAAAGGAGUGCCGAAAGGAGUGCCGAAAGGAGUGCCGAAAGGAGUGCCGAAAGGAGUGCCGAAAGGAGUGCCGAAAGGAGUGCCGAAAGGAGUGCCGAAAGGAGUGCCGAAAGGAGUGCCGAAAGGAGUGCCGAAAGGAGUGCCGAAAGGAGUGCCGAAAGGAGUGCCGAAAGGAGUGCCGAAAGGAGUGCCGAAAGGAGUGCCGAAAGGAGUGCCGAAAGGAGUGCCGAAAGGAGUGCCGAAAGGAGUGCCGAAAGGAGUGCCGAAAGGAGUGCCGAAAGGAGUGCCGAAAGGAGUGCCGAAAGGAGUGCCGAAAGGAGAAGAUGUAUAAAUAUGAUAGUACAGGACCUUUAGCUGACAGCCUCAUCUUGCAUAAAUAUGUUGUUAUUGUUACUGAUGAUACUUUUAAUAAUUAA